CUCAAGUAGGAGAGACGCUACUCCGUUCCAGACAAGUGAUUGUCCAAUCUCUUCUCCAAAGCCUCCAGUGAUAAAGCAACAUCCCACAAUCAGAAUUUCCAUCCCUAUGCAAGGCGGUGCUGCCCUGUCAGGACACUAUUCAGUUUGACUUGCCAGAGUUGAUGCAGAAAAAGUCAUAAAAAUCAGAUGGGGAGACGUCAUGACUUGCCACCAAAAUUAUGGUCGUUAAUUGGAGGACUACUUGAAUCUUUUAUGACCGGCUGGGCACCAUCUGGACUAUCAAGAGUGCAUGGAUGCUCUUAGAAAAUUGAUAUGCGCGUGGCUUGUUGGGAUGUUACGGUGAUGGACGGAGCAAACCAUCCCAUAUUCAUUUUUGAGAAGGCAAGCUGUAAAACAAUAAUGGUACAUGUCUUUAUUCGGUGCCUUUCUUAAAACAUGGGACCCAGAUAAAAAGACCUCCUUACUUACAAAUCAAUUCAGUAAAUUCCCUUACACCCAAUGUAUUAAUGCUCGAACAUUCAGCUCAAUCAGGCUGUUUAAACAAAUGCCCAAGGAUAGGAUAUGCUGUCUAGACAAUCAUCAUAAUGAGAAGUGUUAAUCUGGGGCUGUCAGCUAAAUGAAGAAUAGGUGGAAUAACACAACCUUAUAGCAACCGACCAAUCAAAUUAAAAUCACCACCGUCCAGUCUACUUCUACCCUCUCCGGUGUGCCCUUUUUGUUUUUUUUUAAUGACUAAUGGACAUUUAUCCCAACAAAAUUCUGGGUUGUAAUUGUCCAUUGUGCUUAUUUCUUAAAGGGGCUUGGGUGGACUGCAAAGGCAGACGAGUCCUUGAAGGUGUGGGAGACUGGGGCCUUGCCUUGUAUUAUGCCACCUUCCUGGCAUAAUACACCCACACCUGCCACAAAGCGGUUGCCGACAGGCAGAACCAGGGCCAAGCUUUACUUGCUUUGAACUCAGGUGUUUCAUGACCCAACUAGGUAACAUCAUCAGUGUUAGAACAAUACAUUUCGCAGGAAAUUUUAGGCGUACGAAACAAAGCGGACGGUCGUGCCGAUGUUUUAACAUUUGAGCUCCGCUUCUCCGCUGCAGCAGCCUCCGCCGGAGUAAGCGGAGCCGCGUUUGCAAAGCUCGAAGCGCGGCGGGGCCAAGGCUCGCUUGCCGGGAAAAGCGGGUGGGGGGGCCCGGCUCGCAUUGCAAGCCCAGGAAGCCCCACACCCUCUUUGGGGAGGGGGCGAGGGUCUCCGAGAUGAGCACAGCCCUGCGGUACAAGAGCAAGCUGGUCAAUCCAGAAGAAAAACAGGACCACGAGAAGCAGUAUGUGGGCUUUGCCACUUUGCCCAACCAGGUCCAUCGGAAAUCGGUGAAGAAGGGCUUUGAUUUCACCCUCAUGGUGGCAGGAGAAUCUGGUCUGGGCAAAUCAACCCUGGUGAACAGCCUCUUCCUGACAGAUCUGUACAAAGAGCGAAAGCUUCUCAACGCCGAGGAAAGAAUAAACCAGACAGUAGAGAUUGUGAAACACACUGUGGACAUCGAAGAGAAAGGGGUCAAGCUGAAGCUGACAAUAGUUGACACACCAGGCUUUGGAGAUGCUGUCAACAACUCAGAGUGUUGGAAGCCGAUCACCGACUAUGUCGACCAGCAGUUUGAACAAUACUUCCGGGAUGAGAGUGGCCUCAACCGGAAGAAUAUCCAAGACAAUCGCGUUCACUGUUGCCUCUAUUUUAUCUCGCCGUUUGGACACGGACUAAGGCCGGUGGAUGUGGAAUUCAUGAAGGCGCUCCAUGAAAAAGUGAACAUCGUCCCCCUCAUUGCGAAAGCCGAUUGUCUUGUUCCCUCCGAGAUCAAGAAGCUAAAAGAACGGAUCCGGGAAGAGAUUGAUAAGUUUGGAAUUAAAGUUUACCAGUUUCCCGAAUGCGACUCUGACGAAGAUGAAGACUUCAAGCAACAAGAUAGAGAACUGAAGGAGAGCGCACCCUUUGCAGUCAUUGGCAGCAACACAGUGGUCGAAGCCAAGGGGCAGAGGGUCCGAGGAAGACUCUACCCCUGGGGCAUUGUGGAAGUGGAGAACCAAGCACACUGUGACUUUGUGAAGCUACGCAACAUGCUGAUCCGAACCCAUAUGCAUGACCUGAAAGAUGUAACUUGUGAUGUUCAUUAUGAGAACUAUCGGGCACAGUGCAUCCAACAGAUGACCAGCAAACUGACUCAGGACAACCGAAUAGAAAGUCCAAUUCCCAUCUUGCCACUUCCAACCCCAGAUGCCGAGACAGAGAAGCUGAUCAAGAUGAAGGACGAAGAGGUGAGCUGCUGGAGAUGCUGUUUUAAAUACAGCUGCGAAGAAUGCAGGAGAUGCUGCAGAAAAUGCAACAGCAAAUUCAAGAGCAUUAAGACGAAACCAGGAUGAAGGGAGCGACGGGGGGGGGUGUGUGUUUGGCACCACCCUUGGGUCCAUCUGAAUGGGAAGCUGCUUCAGGAAAACCUUUUUCCUACGAUCAAAACACGAGCGAAGAGACUUGCGUGCGAGAGACGCCAUCCCACCUUCUCCCUCCGAAGCUGUUUGAACGGCCUUGGAAUAUGUCCUCAAGACGCUUCUCCCGAGAGCAUUCUAGUAUUUAAAUGAAAAAUUCUGGGGUGGUAUUGAGAUGUGAGGACUUUGUGAACGUGCACGUUAAAUGUUUACUACUAACCACGGUGCUGUGACUUCCCUCCUCUCCUCCUUCCUUGCCUUUUCUUCUUUCACCCCCCCCCUCCCUUUCUUAACACCUGCCUUUUUGUGCUGGGGAGGGGGGGAAAUGACAUUCUUAUGAAUAUCUGAACAAAAUGCUUGUGAGACUUCCCAGGCAGAUUUGAUUUUGCUUGGAAAAGGUUGGUUCUUUGACUGCCUUUUUUGAGAUAAGGAGCAGAAAGGUGGCUGUGGGUUUUUUUUGGGGGGGGGGGGAGGCUUUGGAUGGAGAUCUUCAUUCCUGGUUGAUUCUCCAUCCUGUUCCACACUCUGAAAAAAUGCAAGGCCUUUCUGGGCAGGGUGGAAGAAGGUGACUUUUGUGGGUCAGAAUGCAAAGUUGUGUGAGUCUUUUGUUUAAACGGCCUCUUCUCUCCCUAGUUGGCGGAUUUUUUUCCAACUGACCCAAGCUUUGCAUCUGGACUUUGAGAGUCUGCCUUGUCUUUGCACACAACUCUAUAUUUCCCUUUUUGCCAGACAUACAUAAAAAAAAACAAAAACAGGAUCCACCGAUAAAGUUCUAUAUUGAUUCUUAAGUUUGCUCGGUAGAUUCUUUUCCCCAAGAUAUAUCUUUGCAGAGUGUCCCAAUUCCCACUGGGCAGAAACAAAACUUGAACCAAGAGUUUGUUUUAGACUCCUUUGAAGCUCAUUUUUUUUUGUUUCGAUGCAAAAAUACUCCCUGUAUGAGAAGCUCGGUUUGUUGGUGCAUCGUGGGUUUUGUAGUUCCCCCCCCCCAAAAAAAAAUAAUUUUAUAAAGACGUAUAAAUUAAAUAAGAUGAGGAAUACAAAGAGAAAAACACGAAAAGAAAGCAAGUCAGCCAAAGAAAGGGGGGAAAAAACGGAAAACGGAAGGAGUAACUUCUCCAUCACCCUAGCCUGUACAAAAAAAUAAAUUAAUGCAUAGCUUGUCAGAAUCUCAAAUACAAUCUGAUCUCUCUCCUCCCUCCCCAAUUCAUCUUUUAAGAAAAAAAACAAGAAAUGUACAAAAAAGAGAGGAAAAAACAGAAAAAGAACAACUGCCCCAUUACCCUAGCAAGUAAAAAAUAAUAAUAAUUCUUAGCUUGUCAGCAUUUCUGAAUAUAACCUAAUCAUCUCUCUCAUCCCCCUUUCCAUAGUUCAUCUCUGAAGGAAAAAAAAAAAACCAACAAAAUCCGUAAGCUUCAUCUGAUGCUCCUUGUCAGCAAAAAUCCAAUAAGGGAAACUAGCUCAAGUUCAUUCUUUCUACGGCUGUGAAAUCUGGAAAGUGAAGCAGCUGCUUUGAAAGGUUGCAAACAGGCUGAGUUAAUGUCCCUACAUCUCUGUAUAUCCCAUUUUGCUUUAAAAUCCAAAAUGCUAAGUACUUUCCCUUCUUCCUCAUAUUCUCCUCCUUUUUUUUUUUCUUGCCAACCUGGUGCUGCAAAGCCUUUUCUUGGCUUUCUGUGUUUCUCUGGUGUGUGUGUGUGUGUGUGUGUGUUUGAAGCAAGAGGAUAGCACAUUGGUCUGUUGAAGUGAGAUAAGGAUCCCCACUCCCUUCCAGAAAUGCAUAUAACCAGCUGGAUGCUUUUUUUUUUUUUUAAUAAUAGUUUUGUGCCCUGUUGACAAAAGAUUAUUAUUUUUCCCACACCAACAAACUACUCUAAAAUAAGACAUUAAGACACGCUCACACCCACAUCUUCACCAAACCGUGUUACAUUCAGCAUUUCACAAUGUGUUGUUUCUCCAUCCCCAGUGGAGGAUCUUAUUUGGAGACUGAAAAAACAAACAAAACAAACAUACAAACAAAAAAAAAACAAAUUUGAUUUCAUUCUCUUGUCGGCCAGCACAAAAUGCCAUCAAUAACAUGACUUUCCCAUUACAUGUUCGUUGCUUUCCUCUCCUGUCCCUUUUAGAAGUUAAUAUUUGCAACUGGUUUUUUUUGUGUGUGGGGGGGGUGUUUCUGAGUUGCUUCAAAAUUCACAUUUUUCUUCGUGGUGAACGAAAGCAACGUGGUUCUUUCCAUCUCCUCAAUGGGCAGCUGUGUCUCGGGUUAAAAUCCGCUCCAAUGCAAAUUCUUUUUUUGGGGACUGAAAAAACAACAACAACUCAAAUUUGAUUUCAUUCCCAAAUUAAUUUGAUUAGAAAGAUUCUGGGAGUUGAAGUCUACCCCUCUCCCAAGUCACCAAGGUUGAAGAAACACUGGUUGAAACCCAAAUUGUUCAAAAACAGCAUUAGUAUGCGUGUGUGUGUGUGUCUCUAUGUGUGUCUUUCGGGGUGUGUGUGUGUGUGUGUGUGUGUGUGUGUCCCUAGCUACAUCGCACUUUCAAGGGCAGUGUAUGAAGCCUGUCCUUAUGCGCUGACUUGCACCCAGGAUCUGUGAUCAGCCCUCCGUGCUCCAACAUCCGUGCUGUUUUGUUUUUUUUUCUGGCCCCACUUUGCAUGCCUUUAUUUAUUUAUUUUCCUAGAAAGAAAGUAAUUUUGUGGGGAAAUAUCCUCCGUGCCGUGGAUUUUUUUUUCUUCCUUUUUUCGGGCUGCUUUCCCCCCCCCCCCACUCACCCAUCCACCCCUUUUUCCAAAUACUGAUUCUGCCUUUUGUCGCUCCGGCCCCGGCCUUGCGUUCGGCUUUCCUUGGUGCAUCGUUCCGUUUUUGUAAAUAUUUGGUGGGCUAUUUCGUCAUCGUGAUCCGAAGACCUUUUAAAUAUAUCCGUUUUAUUAAAAUGAUGAUGACCAUUGGAUAUUAAUAUAAUGUUUGCUACUCCCCGGACUGAUCAAAAAGAAGUAAACGAAAAAAAAGCA